AUGAGAAAAAAAGAUGACGAAGUUCAUGAAGUGAUGUUUGAUUUAGAACAAAGUCGAUUUUCAAAACUGCGAAUUCUUUUUGCGAAAAUUUGGUUUGCUUUGGGAGCAUUGGUUUCGAUUUGUGCACUAAUUACAAUAACUUUUUAUAUGACACAAAUAUUAUUGAGAGAUGUUUCGCAUUGGAUGUCAACUCGGCCAAAAAUUGCUAAUUUUCGAAAUAAUGUUGAAUAUCGAUCGAUGCAAAAUGUUUUGAUGAUGACGUCACCGAUUCCUACAACUACAAUUAAUAAUAAUGAUGAACAAAAAGAGGUUGGUUUGAAUUUUUCGAAUUUUUUUGAGAUUCACUUGUGCGAGGAGGAUUUUUCGUCUAACUUUCUUGAAAAAAUAACUUCUGAAACUCAAAAAAGGUUCCUAAAACUCUUGAAGCGAAGUAAUAUUCUUUAAAUUUAAAUAAAAACAAAAACUAAUACAGUUUCUAAACUCUAAUUUCUUCCAGAUUGAUGAAGUAAUUGUUUCCGACCCUAAUCUCGAUUAUGACAUGAUUGAAAAUGGCCAACAAAUUGAAGGUGGAAUUGUUCCAGUUAUUCCAGGCUACAAUUUACCCUGGACACAUAUUCCCGUUUUUAUGGCUACAUUGAUUGUUGUUGCAAUAAUUCACGAACUUGGACAUGCUUGGGCAGCUCGAUCGAAUAAUGUGCAAGUCAAUGGAUUUGGUAUUUUUGUGAUGGGAAUAUUUCCAGGUGCAUUUACAGAAAUCGAAAGAGUUAGCUUAAGUAAGUUUCAAUGAAAGAAAUUCAAAUUCACAACAAUUGUUUUCCUGUAGAACGUGCCUCGAAAUUCCCGCGUCUUCAAAUCUACGGAGCUGGUAUUUGGCACAAUCUUCUUCUUGCUCUUUUCGCAGUCGCACUUUUUCAUUCAGCCCCUUCGAUUAUGUCACCAAUUUUAGUUGAAGGUCGAGGUGUUUCUGUGAAAAGAGUUGAUUCGAGAAGUGGUUUGGCUGGUGGAACAACUGGUUUGCAUAUUGGAGAUGUUGUUAGGAAAAUUGAUGAAUGUAGUGUUGAAACAAUUCAUGAUUGGAUUCGAUGUUUGAAAACUGCAAAAGUUCAACAUAAUGGAAGAUGUGUGGAUAAACAAGCGGUUGAAGCAGCCACAGCAUAUAAUGUGAGUUUUUGGGAUAAAGAAAAAAUAUUGAAAAAAAUUAUGGGAGUUUGAUCUGAAAAUUAGGACUCUCCUGAUUUGUUUUUUUUUUUUUGAAAAAUAUAAUUUUUCAUAAAAAUGAUGUUCGAAUAAUUUUUGGGCUCAGUUCCUAGAAGUCUCGUUCAUAGAAAAAAAAUGACUCCGAAACCGCGAUUUUUCAUUUUUAUCCAUAAAAUUAGGCUAAAUUUGAGAAUCGGGAAUUCGUAGUGACUACGAAACCACGAUUUUACCAUACCUCGAAUCCUUUUUCCUGAAUUAUUCAAACCCAAAAAACCAAUAUUCAUAAUUAAAAUUCACAUAAAUCUUUCAGACGUGGACAUCUUCCGAUGAAAUUCAUUGUUGUGACGAAUUCAACGUGACAAAUGCGCAUGUUUGUUUUGAAAGAGAAGAAGAAAAAGAAAAUGAGGAGAAAAGUCUUGAAACGAAUGCACCACAAUUGAAUUCGCUGCUCGGAAUCGGAAAUGGAGCUGGGAAUAAUAUUAAAAAGGAGAAAAAAGAUGAGCAGCAAAAUGAAGAAGGCGAGAAAAAAUACAGUUGUUUGAAUGCAAGACAUGUUGUUGAACAAGCAGUUUGUAAUAUAAGCACGGCUUGUGAGAAAAUCGAGGGCGAAAAUGAGAAGAUUUGUGUUUAUCCGGCACUUUUUAAUGGAACUCGAUUGGUGAAAAUUGGACUGGCCAAUCGAUCAAAUCCUAUUUUAUUUGUCGGACAUCUGAAUGAGGUAAUUUUUAAAAUUUUCGAAAAAUGUCAAAAAUCAAAUUUGCAGAUGUUGGAAAUGGUUUCAAUCUCAUCGCACACUGCUCGAUUCGGAUUUGCUGAUAUUUUAUGGCUUGAUCAUUUUCAACUUCUCGCCAAAUAUCUUUUCACAUUAUCUUUGGCUCUUGGUGGAAUCAAUGCAAUGCCUUGUUAUUAUUUGGAUGGUCAACAUAUUGUAGCAACACUUUUGAAGUUUACUAACAUUUCAAUUCGACGUCGAAAUCUAAUUCUUUAUCUUAUUCUUCUUUAUGGCACUUCGAUACUUGUUCUCAAUAUUUUUGUUGGUUUCGUUAAAUUGAUCAUUUCCAGAUCCUAA